AAUUAGUGUGGGGGUGGUGGCGGCUGCACUAGCCGCGUGGCUAAUGGUGACUAAACAGUUCCAGAGGCUGGGGGAAUCUACUGGAAUGUUUGAGGAGCGCUGUUUUUGCACUAACGGAUAUAAUCCACGAAACACGGAAAUACAUGCAUGGAGCCAUAUUUGACACUGUUUUAUUGGAUGGAGAUAUGAAAGAAGUUAAAGACAAUCAAAAAAUCCAGUGGUCCUUUUUUGAUCGUACACAUAAGACCUUAAUAUUGUUCCACUCUGUUGGUUCUGACGCUGGUUCUUUAUCUUCAUAUUAUCAACAUCGAUGUACGUAUUACUCAACGAAUGGAAGCCUGGAGCUGCAGCGGUUGGAGAUUUCUGACAGUGGUGUUUAUCAGCUGAGUGUAGAAGGAUAUUACAGUGAUUCACCAGCAAAAAUUUAUAGUUACUUAAUAUUUCUAGAGGUUGAAGAGGUGUUGUCCACGCCACUGAUUAUCCAAGAUCCAGCCUACAUUGCCAAGCAAGUUCAACUCAGCUGCAUUGUCCGAAAUGGAAGACCAAACCAGCUCUUAUGGUUGAAGGAGGACAAACCAAUUAUGAACAGUUCACUGUACAACCUGGCAUCUGACAACAGCACACUAACUAUUACCAAUGUGGCAAAUGUACAUUGUGGCUUUUACACAUGCACAGUCACGAACGACAUCAGCCAACGGAACAUUUCGCACUUUCUCCUUGCCCAUGGAAUACAGUUUCUCCACAAACGCAUUCUUGUUAGCUCUGUUAUCGCUCUGGUCAGUACAAUGAUGUCCUUUGCUGCAGUCUUCUUCAUCAUUUUUUUCUGCAUAGAAAAGUACAAAGGUCAGAAACACCAAACGCAGCUCACUGUUGCUUUUCUAUUCAUUGAAAUGAAGUGCUACAUAUGUUUGCUAAUUUCUUGUAUACUGUGUACCUUGGAUGCAGAUAUUUCAGUAGCAUUUCGAGUGAUUUCAGGGAUGGUAUUUUGCAUGGUCUUGGGAUUGACUGGCUAUAUUGUAUUCCUUUACCUCCAUCCCUACAGGGAUGACAUAGGUUCAUUUUUACUCAGGAAACGUGAGCGUUACGUUAUUCUUGGUUCUGGAGUAUUCACAAUAAUAAUGUCACCCUUGCCAAUUUAUGAAGCAAAUGAAAAUGUUAAAAAAUGCACCCUUCCAUAUGGUGACAUUGCAGCAACAAUCACAGCAGCGGUGAUGGUCUACAUAUCCACUGUCGGACUGUGUUUUAUCUUCGCCUUAAAAUAUAUGCAGACAUGGAGUCUUCAGAAAAGAGCAAGUCGACUUUGGACAAGAUGAAAGUUACUGCAGCGUGAUGCAAUUUACACUGAGACACCCUAUGCCCAUCCUGUGCCAGACAGUGGAGCAAGGCCAUCAUAUCCAGCAUGUAUGGAACAGCGGAGGGGGAAGAACUGGAGGAGGGUGCUGUGCCGUGACAGGUAGAGGGUGGACAGGAUGCAGUGUACUGCAGCGGCAUAAACUAUUGGGCUCUCCAUAUACCCUUGGGGAAGCCGGGUCCAUGUAUAUUGGCAGCCACAGUAUGCAAAAGCAAAACGUUAUUGGUUCUCGGGACAAUUCAAUCAGGAAGAAGGCUGAACAUAGGUCGAUUACAGAGAAGCAGAUGCAGGAAUACUGGUCAGGAUAGCAUUUGUGUCCGGGACUACGGGGGACCAGGGAAUACCAACGGCUUUGACAGCCUUAAGAUCUUGCACAAAGCGCAAUUUUCCGGGUCUCCCGUGCUUGGGGAUAGGUAAGAUGCACCUUUUACAUGGGCUGGCUGUGGACACUAGGAUUCCUUGUUGCAGAAGUGAGUCAAUAACUGGUUUGAUCUCCUCUACUGCUCCGGGUGAUAACGGGUAUUGUCAUAUUGACGGUAGGACGGCUCUCUGCCGGUGUGUAAUUGUACGGGGUGGAGCGGACAAUACCUGGCCUGCAUGGUUCAAGUGCUGAGCCCACAGUGAGUAUGGGAGAUCAGCUCAUGAGAGGGAGUUCUUGUAGGAGGGGCCAGUGCUGGGGCUCCGUUUUGUAAAAGUAACUUGUAGUAACGUGGGAGCGCAGCACACACAGAACUCAUCAUGUCCAAUCUGUGUAAUCUCCACUAAGGGAUGAUUCGGAGAUGUCGGUGUUGGACUGGAGUGUAGAAAGUUAA